AUUUAAUAACACUCAAAAGAGUAUUACAAACUUACAUUUCUCAAACGAUAAAAUUGACGUUCACGGCAGUUUUUUCUUGAAAACGAUAGUAGAUGGCAGUAUUUUCAAAGUUUUACUUCAUUUGUUCCAAGAUACAUGACCACAAUAGAUGGCAUGACCACAAUUUUUUUCCAGGCACGUACUAAUAGGAGAAAUGUUCUUUCUUCGCUGGCACCGGCGAUUAUCAAAAUAAUUUGCACGUAUAUUAUUCUUAUAAAACUGACACCGGCAGAAGUGUAGUGGCCGCCAUAAAGGAAACAAUACCAUUAUGGACGCGAAUUAUCGUAAAGCGAUCACUUUGAGUCAGCAUCAACUUCUGUUAGACUUCGCAGAGUCCAACAGAGAUUUUGCGUUAGGCAGAUUCCGCUCCAAAGAGGCCCGCGUACUGUCUGCACGCCUUUGGCGGGAGUGUGCACAAAUUUUAAAUGCAGAGGGCCCUGCGCGAAAACCCAAAGAAUGGGCGAAAGUGUGGAACGAUCUGAAGAGCCGGGUGAGGGCUAAAUUGGCAGCUGCUAAAGUGUCGCAAUGUACCACAGGAGGUGGCCCUCCCAGUAAUAUUUGUUUUACGUCUAUAGAAGAAAGAGUGGCAAAUUUUAUUGGAAGGAAUGUGGGGCCUAUUGUAAAGGAGUCCCAGGAUCAAUUUUCUGAUGCAUCCAUUAUGGACGCGAAUUGUCGUAGAGCGACCACUUUGAGCCAGCAGCAACUUCUGUUAGACUUCGCAGAGUCCAACAGAGAUUUGGCGUUAGGCAGAUUACGCUCCAAAGAGGCCCGCGUACUGUCUGCACGCCUUUGGCGGGAGUGUGCACAAAUUUUAAAUGCAGAGGGCCCUGCGCGAAAACCCAAAGAAUGGGCGAAAAUGUGGAACGAUCUGAAGAGCCGGGUGAGGACUAAAUUGGCAGCCGCUAACGUGUCGCAAUGUACCACAGGAGGUGGCCCUCCCAGUAAUAUUUGUUUUACGUCUAUAGAAGAAAGAGUGGCAAAUAUUAUUGGAAGGAAUGUGGGGCCUAUUGUAAAGGAAUCCCAGGAUCAAUUUUCUGAUGCAUCCAGCCGAGGAGCUCUAGAGCCAAGCCGAUCUGAAAUAUUGCGUAUUGAGGAGCUGCGUGCCCGUACAGACUGUUUGCUGGCGGAGGCAUCGCUGCGGCAAGCGGAAACGGCAAGGGCGCAGUCUAAGGCAAUAAAAAUUUUUUUGGAAAGUUUUUCUACAGUACCUCAAGAAUGAAAGUUUGAAGGACCUAAGAGGAAAAAAGACAAUUUAAAAAUAUUAUGCAAUUUAUUACUGAAUACUUCUUUGGCGUCAAAGUAAGCGCACAAGCCAUUGACUUACAAAUAAAUGGACGACGGGUCUAAUACAAAAACCACGAAAAAAAUGUCCCAAGUCAACCUAUUCGAAAUUUAAAUUGUAAUGUCAUCGCAGUAUCGCGCUGUCAGUAG